AUGAUAAACCGGCGUAGAGGCUACGACUGUUUGUUUACAGAUAUGUACAACAGACUCCGACGGAUUGCAACCCUUCUAUCAUUGGAACAUCUACUGGCAGCGUCGCUUCCAACGGAUAUAUUUUUAGACAAUGAAAAACAAGCACUCGUUCAGACGGGGCCGAACACGAAGUCGUUCCAGUCGCCGCACCUUGGACAGCUGGAAGAGAAAAAUAACAGUGGUUCUUUUCAAAGUUUAUCUUCAUUAAAGGAGGCGCACACUGAUGGCAAGAGAAGCGUUCCACCUUUGGUGGUACAAAAGAAAGACUUUCAUGCAAGACUAGACGCGGAUGAGAGUGACAGUUCCUCCGAUAUUAUAAGCUCAGAAGCCGACGAAGGAAGUUCGGACAGCGAACACGAGAGUGAUGAGUUAGAGGAAAGCUCCGAGCCACAGUCAGAAGACGACGAAGGAUCUUUUAGCAGCGACGGCGAAUUUCCGGAAAGCACGGUUGAGUCCUCCGAAGAGGAAGAGGAUGACCCAUCGGAAAGCGUAGACGACGUCUUCGGGGAGGCCAGUGAGGUUCAAGAGGAAAGCAGCGAAGAAAGCGAAGAGAAGGAUGUUAAUGAUGCAGAAUUUACCGAACCUCCAAGAGAUAGCGAGAUCGAUAGUGAUGAAACGUAAAACAGUUAUUCGCACUACCUUCAGAGAAAGAGAAAAUAAACAGUUUUUAGGUGGGCUUUCUGAAAUACUGAUUUUAGACACAUGAACGGAGAAGUUGCGUACGACGCUUGAGAUUGCGGAAGUGGUAUAGGCGCUUAGACCAAUGUGGUGCUUCACACAUUUUAAAUACUGUGCAGUCUUCGCAUACUCCGCGGGAGUAAAACAGCAGUAACCAAGGCGAUUUGCUCCGAAGAAUUAAAUGCGCACUCUCUCCCCCCCUCCCCCCCUUCAAGGAAGGGUGUUGUUUGCCUCCCCCCCUUCAAGGAAGGG